CCCCACCGUUUCGGACUCCCGCCACCGCCGCCAUGGACUCGGACGAAGGCUACGACUACGAGUUCAACGAGGACGAGGAGUGCAGCGAGGACAGCGGCGCCGAGGAGGAUGAGGAGGACGACGACCCCGACGACGACCCGGACGACGGCAACCUGGACCUGGGCGAGGUGGAGCUGGAGCCGCCCGUGGGCGGAGAGCGCGACGGGCUGAUGGGCGGCGAGACCGGAGGCCUCGGGCCCGGCAGCGGAGGAGGAGGCGGCGGUGGCGGCGGCGGGUUGGGAGGAAGCGGCCUAGGCGGGCCAGGCUCCGUUGUCCUGUGA